AUGGCGAGUGUACCAAGCUUAUGCGACAUACUGAUACCGCUAGAAAAGAGUAGUCGCAGCGCCAGCGACGCCGAAAGUGCUAAUACAGUCCUAAUUCAACUGCGAAAAGGCCAUCAUGAACGUAUACGUUCGCCUUACACAAUACAAAAGUUUUAUAAAUUUUUGAAGAGAGCUCAUUGCGAGGAAAACUUGGAAUUUUUUGAAAAAGCUCAUCAGUUCCUUCAGCUUAAACAAAACAGAACUAUUAGCGAAGAGAAGCUCUUAGAAGUGUGGAAUAAGUCAUUGUACAUAAAAUACAUUGCCGUGGACUCACCCAAAGAAUGCAACUUCUCACAGGAUACCAGGGAGAUCUUUGAAAAGUGCUAUGCCAAUAAUAAGGUGCCGGCCGAUGUAGACGUGCUCUGUGCCAUUAGCCAUAUUAUGGGCUUGUUAAUGGAUGGGUACCAUCGAUUUGUAAGUUCUGUUAAUGAAAGGAAAUACCCCACCACAUACAAUGCCAACAAUGGCUCUGCUAUGGAGCAAGAUUUCAAAAACGAAUCUACCGUUUCCUUUUCCUCAUUAGGCAUGGAGGAUAUUUCAGGAGAUAGAAAUCCCUAUCUAAAGAAACCUAAUAGUAACGGUUUAUCAACCAUUAUUCAAAAAACGUCUACGGGCACAACUAACGAGUUGCAAAGCGGUUACGCUUCUCGACCAAGCGAAUCCUCGUCUUCGCUUAGCAUUGAUAGCUCGAACUAUAGGAAUACCAAGGCUAUCAAUGUUCAAAAGCCGCAAAAUGCAGGAAUUCUCAACUCGGGGAAGGAUUUUCUGCAAAAACUCAACUUCGUUAAAAAACGCAAAUCUUUCAAAGAGCCUUCAGGCGUGAUUCGUAGCCAUUACAACAACAAUAUCCAAAACCAUUUAAGAAGAACCAAACAGCCAUCGACAAAUAUAACCUCUUCGUCAUCUAUGAAAGCAGAAAUAUCUUUGUCGUCGUCACCAUUACCCAAUAAAGCAAUAGGCCAAAAUGUAAAAAGCGUUGAAAAGGGCUUUAAAAAGCUUAACUUGCAUGAUAUUAAUUAA